ACAGUCCGUCCGGAAGAUUCGGAAAAAAAGAGAGGAACUUGGAAGAGGAUGGAUGCGCAGAAGAAGGUGUUGGUCGUUGGAGGCACGGGCUACCUGGGGCAGCAUUUGCUCCAAGGCUUCACUCAAAUUGUGCAUUCUCUUCCCUGUCCUCUCUCCCUAGCCUUCACCUACCACUCCGAUCCACCUCCCAGCCCACUUCUCGAUGCCUUUCCAGAAGCGCUCCAUUUUCCUGUCUAUUUGCGCCACGGAGUUGGCUUUGAUUCCAUCUCAGGAACCCUAGGCCAGCCGGAUGUUGUGAUUAAUUGUGCUGCACUUUCUGUCCCUCGGGCCUGUGAAGCUGAUCCUGAAGCUGCCAUGGCUAUCAAUGUGCCCUAUCACCUUGUUAAAUGGCUGUCAAGUUUUGAUAAAAACAGUACCUUUAUGAUUCAUUUAUCUACAGAUCAGGUUUAUGAAGGAACUAAAUCUUUUUACAAGGAAGAAGAUGAGAUAAUACCUGUGAACGUUUAUGGGAAAACAAAAGUGGCAGCAGAGCAAUUUGUGUCUUCAAAUUGCCCGAACUUUGCAAUUUUAAGGAGCAGCAUCAUUUUCGGACCUCAGCCUAUCUCUCCUCUUGCAAAGUCACUUCCAAUUCAAUGGAUGGAUAGUGUCCUUGCCAAGGGAGAUCAGACAGAAUUUUUCCAUGAUGAGUUCCGCUGUCCUGUGUAUGUGAGGGAUCUAGUAACAGCCAUACAAAUAUUGACUAACAGAUGGAUCUCAGGUCUGAUUGGAUGAUAUGUCAUGAAUGACACGCUGUUUAGGAUUCUACCUCCCGAAGCAUUCUCUUAUCAGUGUGGUUUAGACACGAGAAAAAGGUAGCAAGGGUGCGAUGGGAAAGGAAUAGAGUUGGGGGAAAAGGAAGAAAGGAAAAAGGAACUGGAAAAGGAAGGAAGGGAAAAGGAACGGGGGAAGGAAAGAAAGAAAAGAAGAACAGAUGAAUACAUAAAUAAGUCUUAUGAUACUCAGCAAAAGGAAAUCCUGGCAGAUAGAUGGCCAUGAAGGAGCGAUGUGCCCUGGAGAAUUACUAAAGCUUUUCUGUGAAUGGCAGUUAAAUUAAAAGGAAGGAGAAGCACCUCCUGGACUCCCUUUGAGAGGUGCUGGUCAGGAUUCUGACGCACAGCCAAAGGUUUCUAAUGGCGAUCUUCCUAAUCCGUGUGGUGCACUAUUUGAUUAACUCUGGGAGGUAACGAAGCAGAGAAUACGGAAAGCAUCCAUAUAUGGGGAACUGCCUGGGCUGGGACUUGUGGUCGGUAUUGUUGUUGAGGUAAAUUAGCAUCUCACUCAUGCAAUAGGCACUUAUAAGAAAGCAAGAAGAUAAAAGGGGCGAACAAGAAAAGGAUGAUCCAAAUACAAAUGCUGGGUGAGGUUCAAAUUUGACUGAGGGUAAUGUGGAAUGUGAUGCAAGCAUAAUGGAUGGUGAUUCUGGAGCAUUUGGUGCUGUAGGGGCAGUGCCAGUUAAUUAUUGGCAGGUGUUAGAAAUGCCAUCCAGAUUGCUGCAUUAUUUAUUAGCCAAGGACCAGCUUUCCGGUUCAACACUGCUGGGUCGGAUAUCCCCCAUGUUUUUGGUUGGUGAAGGUGCACGAGCAUGGGCAAAAUCUAAAGGUGUUGUUCUACCAGGAACAAUAAAAGAAGCUGACAAGGUCUGAUUGGAUGAUAUGCCAUGAAUGACAGGCUGUUUAGGGUUCUACCUCCCGAAGCAUUCUCUUAUCAGUGUGGUUUAGACACGAGAAAAAGGUCCAGGGGAAAGUGAGGCCACCAGUGGAUGGUGGAGGGCAUUCCCUGGGUGGGGGGUAGGAGGACGUGCCCAUCUUCUAAUGUAGCCGCAGGCCCGCAGCACUCGGAUCUUGCCUAGGAACGGAAGGACCAAUGAUGACACUCACUCCGCCAUCUAAGGGUCUUAUGAUACUCAGCAAAAGGAAAUCCUGGCAGAUAGAUGGCCAUGAAGGAGCGAUGUGCCCUGGAGAAUUACUAAAGCUUUUCUGUGAAUGGCGGUUAAAUUAAAAGGAAGGAGAAGCACCUCCCGGACUCCCUUUGAGAGGUGCUGGUCAGGAUUCUGACGCACAGCCAAAGGUUUCUAAUGGCGAUCUUCCUAAUCCGUGUGGUGCACUAUUUGAUUAACUCUGGGAGGUAACGAAGCAGAGAAUACGGAAAGCAUCCAUAUGUGGGGAACUGCCUGGGCUGGGACUUGUGGUCUGUAUUGUUGUUGAGGUAAAUUAGCAUCUCACUCAUGCAAUAGGCACUUAUAAGAAAGCAAGAAGAAAAAAGGGGUGAACAAGAAAAGACAGUUGAAGGUAAGACAAGUGGCAACAACUUAUAUUCCAUGGUCACCGAAUUGUAGAUGGACUAGAUGCCAUAACCUGUAUAAGUAGAAAAUGGGAGCAGAGGGGUUGAACAAGGAAGAGAGGAAGAAGACGGAACCAGAAGAAGAUGAAGGGGUUGCUCUCUCUAUGUAUUGCAUUUGAUCAUACCUUGGUUCUCUGGAUUACUCCAUUUCAUAGUUCACAUGUGUUACGAUGGUUUGAUAAUAAAUGAGAAAAAGAUGGAAGAGGAAGAUGGAAGACAAAGAGGGAGAAGAGGGAAGGGGAUUACUCCAUUAAAAACCAUUGCUUGUAUGCAAUUUGAGUUUGUGUGGGCCAGAUCCUGGGGUGAAGGGAGCAGGGGGGCAGUCCACGGGGAAAUGGGGGCAGUUCCUGGGGAAAGUGGAGGGGAGAGCAGGCCCUGGGGAAAGUGCGGCAAACCAGUGGAUAGUGGAGGGCAUCCCAUGGGCGGGGCGGGGGGCAUGCCUAGUUUCUGAUGCAGCUGCAACACUCGGAACAUGGCUAAGAAUGGAAGGACUAAAAAUAAAAGAAAAGAACUUGUUAGGAGAAGAUAUAAAGCAGAAGAAGAAAAUAAGAGAUAAAGGUAUCAAUUUUUUUAAUGAAAAGAUAGAAUUAGAGCAAGAACAAACAGACAACACCGAAAAAUAUAGAAAAUUAGAAAGAAUGAAAAAUUGAAUUAAACAAGAGGAUGAAGACAGAAAGAAGAAACGUGCGCCAUUCAAAAAUAAGUUGAGAAGCAUUUCCCAGCACAGGCGUGACAAGCGUGCGUCUCAGCUCUUCUUGCGCUUGAGGAAUUAUAAGGUGCUACGCAUGUUUAGCGCCAUUCAAAUAAUAGGUCAAAACAACUUAAACCCAUGUUAAACCCUUCUAAGUCACGGUAAAAGCCUUCUAUCGCGCGUCUUCAUCAUUACUCUCCUAUGCUCUACUCGUGCAACCUGUUCAGCGCUGCAACCACAUCCAACGAAUCAACGAUCAACCCAUUGAAGCUAGCAACUCUUAAGGUCUGAUUGGAUGAUAUGUCAUGAAUGACAGGCUGUUUAGGGUUCUACCUCCGAAGCAUUCCCUUAUCAGUGUGGUUUAGACACGAGAAAAAGGUAUUGAUUCAUCUUUUGGAUCAAGUAAGAGAUGUGCUUGCAAGAACUGGUCCAAUUUUGUUAGGCCCAGGGGAAAGUGGGGCCACCAGUGGAUGGUGUAGGGCAUUCCCUGGGUGGGGGGUAGGAGGACAUGCCCAUCUUCGAAUGUAGCCGCAGGCCCGCAGCACUCAAUCUUGCCUAGGAACGGAAGGACCAAUGAUGACAAUCACUCCGCCAUCUAAGGGUCGAUUCCCUUUAAGACAUGUCCAUCUGUAAUGUUUGGUUAUGAUAUGCUUAGAAGGAAGUUGAAAGGGGAGGGAUUAGGAGAAAGGGGGGAGCAAGGAAAAAGGAGCAGAAAGGGGAAGAAGAAGUGGGGAGAGGUGAAGAAAGGAAAUAUGAGUAGAUAAGGGAAGAAGAAGGGGGCAGGGAAGAUAGAUCAAAUUAAAGUUAUAGUGAAGGAAGCAGAUAUGAGGAUUAUACAUAUAUACUUUUAAAAUCUAGUAGAUAUCAAUAAAUUUUGUUGAUCUUUGUGCACCGGCCCAGUUGAUCUCCGAUCGCUGAAUAAAAGGAAAUAGCAGCUUCUUCAUUGGGUAGUUAUCUAUAAUAUAGAGCCUGUUUGCUUAGGGUUAUCCUCUGAAUUUUCUGUAAGAAAAAAGUGUCUGGCAAAACAACACCUUCGAGAAACAAACAGAGCCUAAUUUUUAUCCAUGUUUCACCACACAGAAUUCAUUAUCUGCUUGAAUUCAAUUUUUCAUCCAAAUCUAGAAUUACAUGUGAUGGAUAGUCUACCCGGGGUAUAUAUCCGAAGGGUUACUACGGGGAGUAACUUAGAGAGAAGUCAGAGCAAGUAAGUAAGAGAGAGAGUGUAUAUUCGGUAUGUAUUAAGCGUUUUCAGCGUGGUUACAAAUGGGGAAAUGUGGUGCUAUUUAUAGUAGCAAUAAAUGCCGGGCAGGGACACGUGUCAAGCGCUCAUUGGCCGAGGGGUCACCUCAACUGGUUGGCGCUGGCAGCCGCAUGUGGCCGCAUUUAAUGCGGCUGUUGGAUGGGACGUCUGUGCAGAGUACGGUGAUCUGUACGCAUGUGAGGCGGAUAUCUUGUCGAGCGAGAUGCCUUCGGCUAUAGAGCAGUAGCCGAGGGCUCUUCCUCCCGAUGGCACCCCUGGUGCCGAGGGCUCACAGUGCCGAGGGCUACUGUUUUAGUCGUUUUCUCCCGAUUUCUUAGUUUGCUUGAGAAAACCCGUUCUGUGAGAAUUUGGAGCCUUCGGCCAGGGGGCCGAAGGCACCCCUGCGCGUUGUGCAGACUGCUUGGUACUCCGGGCGCUGUGAAUUGGGCCUUCUGGGCCUGUUGGGCCUUUGCUGGAGUAGUGGGAGUCUGUGGGUCGGGGGUUCCCCGGGCCAUAUACUCCAUCAGGAGUCCCUCACUCCUUUUGCCGAAAGGUACUUGAGGGAAAAGGAGUAAUUUGUGCUCGCCCCUUGAUGUUAUCCCGUUGUGAUCUCUGAAGUUGGUGAGGAGUUGUUGCUUUUAUGUCCCUGGCGAAGGCAGUCCCUCAGUUACCCACAUGUCGGGACUUGAGGGCUUGCUUUGUUGUUUGUUGGAAUUUCACAGAUUUUGUAAUUUAAUGAUUUUCCUGAAGGGGUCCUCCAGUCCCCCACUCCUUGAGGCACUUGUAAAGUGGUGAAAAGGAGUGAAGUAGUUAUGUUGCUGUUGUGGGCCGAAGGCUGACGCUCUUCGUUUCAUUUUGGGGGAUGCCUCGUUAAAAACCUCAUUAGGAAAAACCCUUUGGGAAAAAAUCUUAAUGAGGGAAAAAGAGUGCACCGAAUUCCCCCAAUGAUGAAGCGAAAAUGUCAAACCUUGGCAAAAAUGGAGAAUGGCGGGAAUGCCGAAGGCUCUCUCUUCUGAGGGCUCCUGUGUUGAUUAGCCGAAGGCUUGCUGUUGAUGUCCUGGUGGUGCUGAAGGGGAGCCCCUCAAUCCAGGGACCGAGGGCCUGCCAGAUGAGGGCAGCAGUGAAGUUGUUACCGGGGGGCCCACUGUUUGUUGAUGAGUUGGUGAUGAAGAUACCCGAGGGCUCCCAUUACCUGUGUGCCAUGGGCCAUCCGUCAAUGAGGCACUCCCCGGGGGCUACCCGGUUUUGUAGUGCUGAGGGGGAAGCCCCGAGGUGUGCCCUGAUAUGCAGCCCUAGGAUCUGAAGGGGUGAUCCAGAAGGCUUAUGUAAUGUGCUGUGUGGGGCACAACCCGGGGGCACUUCUGGGUGAGUGCACCCGGAGGCUAUCUUUGAUGGAGUGGAGUGAAGUACAAAACCCGGGGGCUUCCAAAAUAUAGUCGUUGGAAAUAUGGCCGUUGGAAUAUGUAACGACAGGAUAUAGCCGUUGGGGGGGGGGGGGGGUGGCACACGUGGCGUGUGAAGGCUGGUUGUCCGUGGGCGGCGUCACCGGUUGGGUGAAACGGCGGUGUGUAAUGAUGGCGUCCAUCCGGAGGCCCGGAAUCCAGGCCCAAGCCCGGAUUCAUCGCCUAUAAAUACCUCAAGGCCAGGCGUUCCUCCGUGUGCGAUAAACUUGUUAGCGAAGCUCUGUCAAUUUUUCUAGAGAGAGAAAGUUCAGCCUUCGGUCAAAACUCAGCUUCCGAGGUCAGUGCUCCCUGCCUUUCUCCUUCUAACAUAGCUGUACUGUGCCCUUAGUUUAGGAGAUAGAAUUCACUAGGAACCUUAGUUCCCCCGAACCCUCGAGCUAGAGUGUAGAAUGUCGUCCCAGAGUGACUCUCAGGACAUCUCGAGGACGCCCUCGAUGGAGGACGAAGGCAUCUCCGACGUGGAGUCCAGCAGCAGUCAGCCCUCGGAUGGUGGUGAUGUAGCCCUCGCCACUGAGGUGCAGAAGGAUCUGACGGCCGAGGCCGAGGCGGAGGAAUUCGAGCGGACCGCGGAAGAUGAGGAGUUAGUCCUCGCCGUCCAGGUUGCUGAGGAGGAAGAAGAAAAGGAGAGGGCGAAGGUCACUGUGGCCGUCCUUCCCCCUCGGGGUGCUGGUGAGGCCGGUACCUCCCGGCCGUUGAACGCAGUUCCCCUCCGGGUGGCCCCCGGGAUGAAGAAGAGAAAGACGAAGGCCGCCCCUCAGAAGAAAACAAAGACCGUCGAUCAGGGGGGGCCAGUUGAUCUACCGGAGGGUUAUUCCUUCCUGGACACCGCCGCUCUGGAGAUCAAGUCCCAAGCUGACAGGGCGGACAUCUAUAUCACCCAAUUGCAUGUAGGGCCCUCAGCCGUGGUAGUCGAGCCAGGUCCCGAUGACGUGCUGUCGCGGCCCCCCGAGGGAUGUAUAGCCGUGCACGUGCUUUCGGUCUCAAUGGGCCUCCGGUUCCCUCUCCAUCCGUUCCUCCGGGAGUACCUGAGGUACACCGGCCUGGCCCCCUGCCAAUUGACUCCCAACAGCCACUCGUACAUAACGGGGUUUGUGAACCUGUGCAAACUCCGGAAGGUUACACCGAGCCUGGAGUUAUUCUUCCAAAGCUUCAACCUAUGCCGGGGGGGACAUACAAAUGCUGAGGGCUAUGCGAACUUACAACAGAUAGCCCAGUUCAAGCUGUUCACUGAGGCCCCCUCUUCCAACAAGGGGUGGAGAGAGCGAUGGUGCUUCAUCAGACUGGCCGACAGCCCGUUCCCGAGGGAGUUGCGGAAUUGCUUUCGGCGCCAUGUGAAGGCCAAGAGUGCCGCCCUCGAGAAGGAUGGCCUGAAGAUUGCAAAGAUUCCCGAGGGUCGGGAAAAGAACGUAACCAUCAAGGAGUGCACCCUCGAGGAGGACCUGUAUACCCUCGGAUUCCUGAUGUAUCGGUUCAUUGGGGAGACCGAUGAGAAAUAUCCCCUCUACGAUAAAGCCUUCGUGGGAGCAGGAGGUAGUGGCCGGGGGCUUUACAUUUUCGUACUUAGAGAUUUUUUUGUUAUGUUUGUUGUCAUGUGUUUGACCCCUCGGUUCUAACCUUUCAACUUGUUGCUGUCGUUCUUUGCAGGUAGCAGGAUGAAUGCCAACGCCUUGUUCGCGAAGAGGAAGGGCAAGACCCAGCAAAAGGAGAAGGGGCCCUCGGGCCAGAAGCCAGUUGACGCGCUUUUCCCGAAGGCCAUAGAGCCUUCCGCCGGGAACGCCCAUGCUGUUGUGGGGACCGGGGGGUCGAAGGCCGAGGCGGCCGCUAAGAAGAAGAGGAGCGACAAGGGGGUGGAGCCCCCUACCAAGAAGCAGAAAGGCGCCGGGGGUGCUGUCGGGGGGGCGGCCCCCCUCAUAGUUAUUGAUGACAUGCCAGCUGCUGGUGAGCCUCUGGCCUCGGUCCCCCCGAAGGAUCCGGUAAAUCCCCCCCCGGGCGGAAUCACCCCGGGAGAUCCGUCAGCUCUCCUUUGCCCCCGACGCGUCGUUGAUGCACGGCACUGCCGAGCCGAAGGCCUUCCUGCGGGGCAUCACCUCGAAGAUGGACAGGGAAGUCUUCGAGACCUACGAUGACGAUGCCCUCGAGAACAGGAUCCUCCGGUCCUCGCUCACUGCCUGCAUAGCCCUCGGGGAACAGGCCCGGAGGCGUGAGGAAAGGCGUCUCCACGAGGCUGCCCAGGAUAAGAAGGUGGAGGGGCUGAUCCGUAAGAACUCUGAGGCAGUGAAGCAUGCUGCCCAGCUGGAGGAGGCCCUUCGGGAGGCGAAGGCGGCGGCGGAGAAGGCCAAGGCUGAUGGAAUAGCCAAAGGCAAGGCAGAGGCCGAGAGGGCCGCUGCCGAGGCGGCGAAGAAAGCCGCCGAUGAAGCCCAAACUGCUAAGGAGAGAGCUGCGGCCGAGGCCCGAGGGGAGGCAGUUGCGGAGUUCCUUGCUGAGGGCUGGAGGGCCGAGGGCCACAAGGAGUGGGUUGCCUCCGUGGUGGCAGCCUCGGUGGAUGCUUGGGUUGAAGUCCCCGGGGUAGACUGGCUGACCGAUAGGGGCGACGCCUACUAUCAGGGGGGUGAGUUCUUUACCCAGCACCUGAUAUACCGGAGGCUCGCCAGGCACUUCGGCGUAUCCCUCGAACAAUUUGACCCCUCGGUAUAUGGCCUCCCUCCGUUGCAACCAGAUGUUAGAGUUCCCCUCCCCCCGGGUGAAGAGCGGCCAACAAUCUAUGAUUCUGUGAUGAUGGGGGGUGACGGGGUUGGAGCCAUCGGGGGUGAUGCUGCCGGAGAAGAAGUCUCCUCCAAGGCUGUCGGGGAAGAUGCCCCCGGUGACAACGAGGCUGAAGCCGUCGAGAAGAUUAUCACUUAGUCAAAUCUUUUCUUUUUAAAAAAACCUUGUAAUGAAAUUUUUGUUGCCCCUCGGCCUUGGCCACACUCUGUAAUGAUCAUAUUGACUAUUUUUGUGUUGUAAUUGAAUGAUUGCCUUCGGGCUUGGUGUAUAUGAUAUGCUUCCUUCUGAUC